AUGGUAGAAUCACCAAAAGUUAGAAGAACUUCAUCAAAUACCAGUAUUGGUAGUAGCAGUGAAAGAUUAAGAUUUUCAAAUAAUAAAUGGGUUUCGGUAAAACCAAAUAUAAAUCAAAAGAGAAGUUCAAAUAUAAAUAUAGUGAAUCCAUCAAGUGAUUGCAUGGAGAAUGAGUUUGGUUUCGAGUGUGGUUCAUUUGUCGAUCUCUCAGGCUUUACACCAAACAGUUUCGAAUUUAAAUACCCAGAAAUCGGAAAUAGUCCAAGUACUUUAGUACCAAAUUUAAAUAAUAGUUGUGAAAAUAUACUGUCUGUUAACUCCGCUGUUACACCAGGCUCAUCUUUAAGUAAUAGUUUCAAAAAUAAAUAUAGUAUCGAUACAUGGAAGCUAGCCAACCCAGACCCAGCCUCAACAAUUACAAUUAAAAAGAUUAAAACUAGUCCAAGAGAUAAACAAGUUAGUUUAUCAUCCGAACAAGAAAUCGAAAAUAACAUUAACAGUAAUAAUAUAAUUUUAAAUAAGAGUAAUAGUAAUAUUAAACCAAUUUUAUCCUCUUCACUUCCACAAAGCAAUUUAUUGUCAUCUGUAAAUAAUAAUAAUAAUAAUAAUAAUAAUAAUAUUAAUAAUAAUAAUGUAUCGAGAGCUAGAUCAAGACAAUUAUUAAAAACUCCAUCAUUUAAAGAUCUUCACUCAAUUACAUCACAACAACCAAAUCUUUCACAAUCUCAUUCAUCUGCUUCAUCUUUAAUUUCUCACACCCAAAGAAGACUCUCCAGAGCUAAACAAAACCAAGUUGACCCAAAUCUUUUAAAUUCUGUCGAAAAGCCAAACCAAUACGCCUUAGUUUUAUAUGAUUUUGAAGCAGAUUUAGAUGAAGAGAUAUCUUUAACUAAAGAUACUACAAUUAUAGUGUUGGAGCAAUGCAGUGAUGGUUGGUGGGUCGGUAAAGACUCUAAGAAAACUGGUAAAUUCCCACAUAAUUUUGUAAAGUUAUUACCAUCAAUGUUACCAAAGCCAUCACAACCACAACAAGAGAAACCAUUACAACAAGAGAAACCACAAGAAAAGCCACAAGAAAAGCCACAAGAAAAGCAACUACAACAAGACGCAAAAGCUUCAGCUGUCAAUAAAACAGAAAGUAUUGAAUUAAAUAAUGAUCCAAAUAUAUUUUUCCCAACCUAUUCAUCAACUAAUAUGAAUAGUGGUGGCUCAGUUUCAAACUCUUUAUCGUUUUCAUUCAGACAAAGAAGUAUUAGAAAAAAUAGUAUUAGCUCUAUUCUCCAUCAUAUUAAAGUUUACGUACCACCAUUCUACGAGCACACAAUUAUUUCAAUUCAAAGUAAUGAAAAUUUAAAAGACCUCAUCGAAAAGGUUGGUAGAAAGAAAAAGAUUCUUAUCAACGAUUACAAGUGUAAAAUUAGAUAUAUAAAUUCCGACUCUGAUUUAAAUUUAGAAAUGAGCGUUGCUUUACUUCGUGAUAUCCCAUUAAAAUUACAUUUACCUGGAGUAGAAUAUAUUAACCAUUCAUCAAACUCCACUACAAGAAAUAUACAGUUAUCAAAUUACUUUAAUAUAUCAUAUAAUAAUGUUAAAAAUAAUCAACAAACCCAACAACAACAACAAAAUAAUAAAACAGAGAAGCAAUGGGUAAUUUUUGAUAACCAAUCGAUCCAAAUUUUUAAAAAUCACACAGAUCAGCAACCAAUUAGAGUUAUUGGUUUAAAAUAUAGUACAAUCAAAUUAUUACAUUCAACUUCAUCCUCAUCCUCUUCAUUAUCAAACCCUCAACCACCAUCCUUUAUUGUUAAAACUCCAUUUAGCACCUUUAGAUUUUCCCAUGAUUACUUUAAUAUCAUUAGUCAAUGGGUAGAAGUUAUAGAGUUAUCACCUGAAUACUUUGAAAAUAACCAAAACUUUAAAAAGAAACAAAAGAAGUUUAUACUCAAAUCAUCCGAUUCCUUUUCAUCCUCACUUUCACUUUCUGGUCAUUUCCCACCACCUGUAGAUAGAAAACAACAAAUAUUAGAAAUUAGAAAUAAGGGUGUUAAUCGUGUUUGUGUCGAUUGCUGUUCAACUGAUCCAGAGUGGGCUUCGAUUUCUUUAGGUUGUUUCCUUUGUGAUGAUUGCUGUGGUUUGCAUCAACAGAAUUUGGCUUCAAAUAUGUCAGAGGUCUUAUCUGUAAUUUUAGAUGAUAGUUGGGAAGAGUUUCAUAUAGAUAUUUUUUCUAAGAUUGGUAAUAAUGUUUCAAACCAAUAUUGGGAAUAUAAUUUAUCAAAUAAGAAAGUUAGACCAACUAGCACUAAACAAGAGAAAUGCAGUUUUAUUAUUUCUAAAUAUAAAAACAAAGAAUUUGCUCCCCCACAAAAUGUUCCAUCACCAAUUUCACUCUUUAAUAAUUAA